GGUUUGUCGGCUCGCGUUUUAGCAGCUAUUAAUUCGCCGAAAUAGAUUCGGUCUUUUUCUCUUCUGCUGCAAAGUGAUAUAUAGUUGAGUGUCCCGUGUCUCUCCCGGCGCAUUCAUUUGUUGUAACCGAGAUAUACGAAAAAAAAAGCUUUCGCUUAGGCGAGACUUUGUUAUAAGCUUAAAUUAGUGCUAAACGUCACCACCACUAACCACCAACUUGUUUCCACCUGAAACUCCCCUACACACCCUUUGCUUCUAUUUUUACCCAACAUAGUGAAACUCAGUUUGAGUAACUUCCUCUGUGGCAUUUACAGGUCGGGCUGCUGAUAUCCUGGUUUGGUUUUGCUUGACAAUUACUUCAAACCACAUUCACGCCCAUUUUACUGUAUAAUGCCUGUAAGUCCACGUAGCAACAUCUCCUCACACGUUAGUAUUUUGAUUGAGCCUUUCUACGACGUGUUCUGUGGUUUUCUAUCAUAUCGACUACAGUGCCUACUAUAUCUGUGGUACAUUUGUGUCUCUAGCUAUUUGCUGCAGCUUUGGACGUUUGUGUCGCUUGUUUGUGCGCUUUCCUCUUUCGUGUAUCGAUUGAAGAGCUGCGUAAUUGACGAGUAACUGUGCUGCAGCGUAUCUGCGAACGAAGAGUUCAUUGUCUCGGAGACCGUUUUAUGAUUUUUACUCCCUCCGUGGCCUGUUCUAAUUUCUCCGUCAUUUGUUUGUCUUUCCUUUUCUUCUGUGGCUCAAUUUACCGCUGAAUUUCAAUUAUCAAGUGAUACAGCUUUUCCUGACGUAUUUUUUUUCUCUUAUACGUUCACAACCGUUUCCUUACGUAUAAUUCCUGCAUCUUCACUUUCUGUUAGCCUGUACGUUGGUGCUACUAUUCAUUCCUCCUUCCCUUCUUCCCUUCCCUGUGAUUUGAAGUGGUUAUAAUUAAAAGCAUGUCUUCCCUACGACAAUCCCAAUCACAAAAAUGGUCUUCUGAACUCGGUGAGCUACCCGCACCGGCGCCUUCUUCUGCAAAAGACGAAGAAGCUAGUGGGAGCUGCGUCGACCAAGUGCAACAGCGUUCAAAUUAUGGCUCCUUUGCAGAGCUUAGCAAACUUCCAAGAUUUCGUCUAAUGACCGACCGUCCAACCCCUUCCCAUUCCCUCCCAUCCUCCCAUCCGGUUAAAAAAGGGCAGUGGCAUCCGGAUUCUGAGAAUUCCGAUGCUUGUUCAACGAAACAGCUACUAAACCCGGGAUUUUCAAGUCUUCGUUCUUUGCAGCCAACACAUGCAUCAUCUGCUCACGCGCCGUUUACGGAGGUACGGGUCCCUCAAUCUGCCCAAUCCGUAAUGCCAGAGAGCGUUGCUAUUGGGUUUGAGAGUUUGUCUCUCCAUACAACAUCAACUAAAAACACUCAAAACGAAAAGAAAAGUACGUGCGGUAGUGGGCAAGCCGUUGAAUUCUUAUCUGCCCACCUCCCACGGCCGGCAACGGGCAACGAUGUGUCUUCCUCUAACCUCGUUAACUCUAAAACUACGGACAAAUCAUCCCCCGCUGCGUCGGCAAAUUUGGACUCUUCACAAAAAUCGCUCUUGUCUAUUCAAUUGGAACAGUCGGCGGCUGCUUUGGCAGCGUCUUCCCAACAACAAAAAAGUUCUCUGCUGACUUCUCCUCCUGCCCUGGCUGAAAGGUCAAAGGCCGUGGUAGCGGUGGAGAAAUGCAUUGUGGAAACGACGACCGUGCGCUCUUCUAUUGCUUCUAAUCAAGUUUCCCAAACAAAUAAUUUAGAUGGCACUUUGAAUAAUGGAGCGAUUGAAAAAUGCCAGCUAAAUGCAAACCCUGAGAAUGCACAGCAGCAAGUUUGUGAAAAUAUUCCUGUCACGCGAAAACCCUCUAACAAUAUUUCCAUCGCCUCAACCACCAGCACCUUCGUUUCCCCUGCACAGACAUACUCUGAACGUUCUUUCCAUCUUGAGCGGAAACCUCAACAUGGUCGGCUGCACAUAUUUGGACCAUAUGUGCUUGGUCGGACAGUUGGAAGAGGAGAAUAUGGACGGGUUAAGCUGGGCUGGCGCCUGAAAGACAAAAAUGAUGUUAGUAGUGAUAUGCCACCCCAGUUUGCUAUUAAGGUUGUGCGCACGCCGGCUCCUAAUUCUUCGCUUGCACAUCGACUUUCCAGAGAAAUUGCAAUAUUGCGACAUGUUGGGGAACAUCCACAUAUUUUACGCUACUACGAAACCGUCGAAACGGCUCAUCAUGUGGGAAUUGUCCUUGGGUAUGCAUCAGGUGGCGAGCUCUUUAAUUAUAUUCUUACUUGCCGUCGCUUGUUGGACCCAGAGGCAGCUAAAAUGUUUGCUCAACUUGUUAGUGGUGUGGCAUAUCUUCACUCUAGAGGAAUUGUUCAUCGUGAUCUCAAAUUGGAAAACAUUUUACUGGACGGUCAACGUAAUGUUGUCAUCGCCGAUUUUGGUUUUGCGACGACUUUUGGUGAGGCUGCUCGACUCGUCGGUCAUCGGUACGGCAGUCUCGCUGGUCAAGACUUGUUUAGUACGUCGUGCGGAUCGCCGUGUUACGCGGCGCCAGAACUUGUUUCUUGUGAAUCUGGUCUAUAUGCAGGAACACAAGCAGAUGUUUGGAGCUGUGGUGUCAUUCUGUAUGCUAUGUUGGCCGGUUACUUACCUUUUGACGAUGACCCUCAUAAUCCAAUGGGCGCGAAUAUUCCUCGGCUUUAUCGUUAUAUUUGCUCAGCAGCGUUAGCUUUUCCGGACUUCGUAAGUCAGACGGCAAGACAUCUGCUUUCUGCUAUUCUUACUCCAAAUCCUAAAAACCGGAUUAAUUUGUCACAGGUUAUGUUGCAUCCCUAUCUCCGCGCGCAUCGUUCACUUUUUGCGAAAUACAAUGCGUCUCCAAACCAUCAACCAUUACCCCGUCAUAUGAGAAAACGUCAUGUUCAUAGAACAAGUAGCGAUUGGUGUACCAAUCCUACUGUCAGCUUGUCGACUGAUGAUAUUACUGCACUUAAUCAAUCCUCUCCGGGAUUUGAUUUGACCAAAGCUCUGCACAUGAGUAUAAGCUUUAAGCCAUCUGCGCUGCCUUCAGAAGCUGAGAUGAAUGAUCUUUGCUCUUCUGCGCAUGUGGCAGAGAAGGCCAAAGGGUUGAAGAGAAGAUCUAUGAAGUUACUUCGACCAAUCCCGGACAAGGAAAAUUCAUCCAUUACUGUUUUGCCUCGAAAACCUAUAUUAUCUCCGAUAACUGGUGGACGUCGUCGUCGGGGUCCUUCAAAGCAUCGGCGAGCAUUCAGUUGUGCUUGCAAACCCACACAGAUACAUUUGGAAGUACUGCCUUCAUUAACAAUGCAAUGCGAGACAUCUCGGCCGUACUUUUCAUCACCGAAUAAUUCAAUUUCUCCACAGAUGUCAGCAGACGAAAAGUUUAAUUAUCUUAAGCGUGUGCUUGGACAGUUUCUGCCGCUAGGUGAUGGACAUUAGACUUCGCCGAUAUUCAUUCUUUUUUCUUUUUAAUUCUUUUUAUCUGUCUUCUUUAUUUCCAUUCUUUACUUAUUUACACAUUUGUCCUAUACCCAGGUAUUUAUUCUCUUUACAGGUUUGUUUUGCGCGAUGCUAAUUUUAUAUUUUUCCGGUUGAAAAUAAGUAAAAAAAAAAGAGCAAGAAAGAAGAAAAGAAUAAGUAGGAUUCAUGCUAACUGUUGUAAAUUUUGUUCCACCCUUUCUUUUUCAUUUAUUUAAUUUUCUUACAUUUAAUUUAAUUUAUUUUUUUCUUGAAUGAAAAUAAGUUCAAAGGACUUGCAUUACAAGUCUACGAUAAGCUUAUUGUCCAAUUUAUUAUAUUAGUUAAUAAGGUUAGCAUAUGUAUCCCAGAAUUAUUGUAAUCGAGAAAUGAAUGAAGAUUCGAAGCUGA